GAAAAAUCAGUUCCAAAUAAAACACAUUCGAGUUGGACUUUCACAAAAUGACUGAAAAAGUAAGAGACACAUCAUUUCAGAAGCGAAAAGCCAACUACAAGCCGAGCAUUUGGAACUACGACUUUUUGUUACAAUCCCUCACCAGCAAAUACUCUGAAGAAAAGUAUACAACAAAAGCCAAGAAGCUAAAAGAGGACUUAUCAAUAUUAUUUGAGGAUAAGAACAGUGAUUAUAGAUUGUCAAUUCUACGCCUUGUAGAUAGCAUAAGAAAACUAGGGUUGGCAAAAUAUUUCCAGGAAGAAAUUAAAGGUUACCUCCUUAAAGCCUUAUUGAUAAUCAGAUUCCCAGAGAUUUGCAGCUCUACUGCCAGCGUCGGGGAAGAUGAUGAUCUUUAUGUUACGGCACUUUGCUUUAGGCUUCUAAGACAAUUUGGUUAUAGAGCUCCCCAAGCGUCCUCAGAAAUAUUCCAAGGAUUCGUGAACGAGACCGGAAAAUUCAAGACAAAUACGGAUUUUAAUGAGGAGGAGUUAAUGGAGCUGUUUGAAGCCUCGAAUAUGGGGUGUGAAGGGGAAAAUAUAAUGGAUGAGGCUAGAUUUUUCUGCAUCCAAAAUCUUGAGGCAAUGGAUCAUGUUCUUCCUACACAAUGGACAGCGGAAUGGUUCAAUCUCAAGAAACAAAUUUCCGCAUAUGAGAAAGAGUGCGACACAAGAAACCACAAGUUAUCGGAGUUGGCUAGGCUUAAUUUCAAUAUAAUUCAAGCCGCACAUCAGCAAGAUCUCAAGGAAAUAUUAAGGUGGUGGAUGAAUCUUGAGAUAAGAAAAAAGUUAAGUUUUUCAAGAGAUAGAAUAGUAGAAAGUUUCCUAUAUGCAGGGGGAGUUGCAUACGAGCCUCAGCAUGGGAGUCUAAGAAAAUGCCUCACCAAAGUCAUCAAGUUGGUGUUAGUGAUUGAUGAUCUUUUUGAUGUUUAUGGUUCCUUUGAACACUUACAAUGCUUCACCAAUUCCGUGAAUAGUUGGAUGCCUGAGGAAGUUGUUAACCUACCAGAGUGUAUGCAACUGUGCUUUUGGACAUUAUAUAACACAACCUCUGAAAUAUCCGUGGAGAUUCAGAAGGAGAAAGGCUGGAAUUCAGUGCUACCACAUUUACAAAAAGCUUGGGGAGAAUUUUGUGAAUCCUUACUAUUGGAAGCAAAGUGGGAUGAAGAGGGUUACACCCCAUCACUUCAAGAAUAUUUAGAGAAUGGCUUCAUAUCUUCAUCCGGCCCUUUGGUUUCUCUCCACAUAAUUUUUGGAGUAGAAAAUCCAACAUCUUCCAAAACUCUCUCUGAAAUUCUCCUUGAAAAUAAGGACAUCAUCUACUAUACUUCCCUAAUUAUACGUUUGUGCAACGAUCAAGGAACUUCCACGGAAGAACGAAAGAGAGGAGAGGCUCCCUCAUCAAUAUUUUGUUGUAUGAGCGAAUCAAAUGUAACCGAGGACAUUGCAAGGGAGCAUAUCAAAAGUAUAAUAACAAUGGCAUGGAGGAAAAUCAAUGGCUAUCAUUGCAUGUUUGGAGAUGAACCUAUCAAACACUACUUAACGAAUGCAGCUAGAGUAGCCCAUUUCAUUUAUCAACAUGGAGAUGGAUUUAGAGUUCAAGAUAGGGAGCGAGUUCUCUCCAACUUGAUUGAACCUUUAUAGUUAUGAUUUGAAGGUCUGUUUCAUGAUGUCUUAAAACUUUCAAUUCAGAGAUUAUGUUUGUCGAAGAGUUUGUAAAAUUUAAGUUAACUAGCUACUUAAUCAGCUAAUACGUAUAUAUGUGUCCAAAAUUUAAACUGCCAUAGAUCGGGAAUCCAGA